AUGCUAAUCCCAAAACCUUUUGCAUUGUUAGAAAUAGUGACCGAGUAUGAACAAAACCAAGGAGAAAGUUAUGACAUCUAUAAAAAUUUAAGACUUGUAGAAUUGUGUCAAGAAAUUGUGACAAAAUAUGAACAAAACCGAAAAACAAAUUAUAAUAUCAAUAAAAACAUUGUUCAUAUCUUAGAUUCUAACAAUGGGGUGCCCAAGGAAAAUAUCCCAAACAUGUUUUAUGAUAUUGAUGCUCCAUUUAUUUUAUCAUGUGACGUAUCAGGUUCUACACCGACCUUACAACCGGUAUUUACUGCAAAUCAACUAAAUGGUUUUCCCGUUAUUUCUACCAAUUGUCACGAUCUUGAUCGAACUUCACAUGACCAACGAUCGUGA